AUGCCAUCCAUCCCAGGCUUCGGCAAAUGUGAGCCCGUAAAACCACCCACCCAAGCAAGUGUGAUACCCCGACCCUUUGAGCCUGUAAUUACCCCCACUCAAGCAAUUGUGCCCCCUCGAGCCUCUUCAUCACCAGAAUCUCUGUGGUUUUCACAGCUGGCUGAGGAUCAGGUGAGUGGUCGGCUGAGUCCAUCGCGGCUCUACUUCUCAGGACCUCCUAUGGUCAUGGCUGGCCUCUGGGGAAUCCUGGAAUCCUCACCCAAACCCCGGCUUUCACCCAAACCCCGGCAACCCCGGCUUUCUGAGCUCGCGACAACCCCCACCCAAACAAGUGUACUUCCCCUGCCCUUUGAGUCAGGCACAACCCCCACCCAAGCAACUGUGCAGUGGGCAUGGUACUUAGUGACGCCGGUCCGCCACACAUAA